AAAGGGUUUAUUACCCUAGAUAUCUAAAAUAUUAUGAGAAGUGCGUGACAACCUAUAGCAUAAAGUAUCGUGCUGCUUUGACGAAACGUAAAUAGAAACAAAAUUAUGAAAAAUAUUUUUAGCAAAAUUGCAUCACGUAGAAGAACACAUUUAUAAUUGCAUAUGUAUCAAUAAACAUGGGAAGAAGGUUUUAUACCAAAGAAAAAUUGGCUGAGCGCCGUGUUUCUCGAGCCUUGCCAUGCGGUCAUUCGACAUUCGUAUCGCGAAGCGCGCCGGACGCACGCGCGUGUUUUGACGUUGCGUUUUUACGCGGGAAAUAUUAACGUCAUUGUUUACGUGCACAUUAUUGUAUGAAUGACUACCGAUAAACAUUUAUACACUAACAAUGGAUUACAAAAUGGAGAUAGUUGCGCUUCUAAUAUGCGUCAUACCAGCCUGCAUCACAUCUAUUACAAUAACUUCGAAUGGAAACAGUCCUGAAAUCAAAAUGGUGGGAGGCAUGAUGGUGGACGCACAGACAGGAUUUGUCCCAAUGGAAUCUAAAAUCGAAGAGACAACAAUAAAAGUUAGUCGCGCAAAAAAACGUAAAUCAAAUAAUAGCAACUCUACAAAAUUAUCUAUCAACGAAAGAUAUCGAAGACUGAUACCAUACAUGACAUUUUACUAUGCUAACGAUUUAGCAACGCCCACAACCGAUAAUGUAAAGAAUUUCGAAGUACAGAAGGCAGAAAUAGUAGAGGCCGGAGGAUUAGGCCACGCUGAACAAAGAGAGCCAAAAAAGAUAGUUUACCAAAAUAGAAAUAUCCCCAGAUACCAAGGAAACAGAUUAACUCAACACAAUAUAGCUUCGGCGAAUCCUACUAAAGUUUAUUACAAAGGAGGUGUGCCAGUUUAUCAAAUACCAAGUAAAGGAUCUCAUAAUUAUAACCCAUUACUCUCAGAAUAUAAUGUUCUAGCACAUAACGAUUACGAUACUGGCAGAAUUGUACACAAACACAUUCCAAAAUCUCCGGGAAUCCCAUUUUUAUCAGCGACGCGAAAGCCCUACUUAAAUCUUUACGAUGAGGAAACACCAAAUGUUCGGUAUUACAUAUCGGAAAAAGAACAGACUCCAAAAUACAAAUUAGUUCCCUACGAGCAAACACCUCCUGUUAAAGUCCCUGAAAAUGAAAAUAUUUACGAAAUACCAAAAAAGCCAGUUCCAGUGUUGAUACCCAAAGAGCAAGUUUACAUACAGCCACGGCCCGCUCGUCCUCACUACAUUUAUGAGAAUGUAAACGUCCAACCAAACAUUGUCAGGAAACAACCGACGAUUGUUUCUGAGAGUUACUACGAAAAACAACGACCAUCGGCCGGCCUAGCACAACCUGUCAUUGAAAGUGGCUUCAAACCAAUCCUCCAUUCCCCACACUAUACUCAAGAGCCUACAAUUUACCAGACUAGAAUACCAGAGACAAUUAUUUCAGAAAAUAACUACCAAAAACAGCAAGAAGUUAAAAUAGAAUCGGAGCCUGGAAACUAUGAAGAUUUUAAGCCAAAUUACUAUCAGUAUGUUGUAGAACAGACUACGCAAGAGCCUCCACGAGCCACGACAUCAUCAAACAAAAUACCGUUGGCCGCAUUACUUAAUUCAUUGCAAUUAAACAAAUCUAUUCCGAAGCCCAUCACUAAAGAGAACGUAGGAUCUUCAAUUAGAACUCUACUGCAAGUGUUAAACAUUUUAAAGGCAGUGCCACAGCAAAAUAAUCCUGAAUCGCCAGCUUUAAGUACACCUAAGCCGUUUGUGGCUCCUAAGUUAGUUAAAAUACCUCCGAAACCAGUGAUAAAGGAACAUCCUAUUGCUGCUAGCGACGAAGGUUUGGAAGAAGAACCUUAUCUGGCGCCAGUGAACACCCCGUCCCAACAUCUUGAUGAUAAUCCACACUCUAGUGGCGGAUCCAGCCAGCAGUUCCCAUUGCAGCAAAGCUCUGAUGAAGAAGGCGGAACUCCUGGCCAUCCAGGUGUAGAUUAUCCGAUCCUUACCACAAUCCCGGAGACCAGUUUCAACUGCAAGACUCAGCGAUACAAAGGUUUCUUUGCAGACCCCGAGACCCGCUGUCAGGUAUGGCAUUAUUGUGAUCUCAACGGCGGUCAAGCAUCGUUCUUGUGCCCGAAUGGCACCAUAUUCUCGCAGGCUGGAUUGACUUGCGACUGGUGGUUCAAUGUGCGCUGUGCGCAAACCACACAACUGUACGUGCUAAACGAGAGCCUCUACAAAUACAUCCUUCCACAUUCACCCAAGUUCCCGGAGGAUUACAGCGGACCAUUAGUUGAUAAAUAUCUGACACUCAAAUUCAAAGAAAUGGAAGAAGAAUUUAAAAAGAACAAAAACAAGCACGCGUCUUCUGAAAAGGAGGACUCAGAUGAAGAAUCGGAAGAAUCUAGCGAAGAUUCUACCGAGAAAGACAAUUCUGGUGAAUCGAGUGAGGAAACUGAGAAAAGUCGAGGAGACGAAAGACCAGCCAGCGAAGUCAGUGUUAUAGUGGAUUCUCCCGGAGAAAGCGGGAAAGUGGAGCGAUUACAAGACGAAUAAUAAUGUAUUAAUCUAGAUUUAAGAUCUUUAGAAAUAAGGGUUUAGCUAUAGUGCUGCCACUUGCAGAUCUGUACCCAGAAAAACUUAUCUAAGAGAUUU